AAACAUUUCUUCCGUAAAGCGCGCUCGAGUAUCAAAUGACUAUCUGAACAAUCUAGUGUUAGAUCGAGUGUGUACUUUAUCUGUAUUUUCUUGACAUUCGGGGAAGUUACAUCCAUGAAUUAAUCCGUGUCCUUAACACGUGCAUCCGUUCAACAUUUGAGUUCUGGCCAUGGAUGAGUUAAGGGAAAGGAACAUUGUUCUUGCAAAAAUAUGUGAACAAGCUGAACGAUAUGAUGAAAUGGUCAAAGCUAUGAUUGAGAUAGCUACGAAUAGCGAAACUGAGCUAACAGUCGAAGAACGAAACCUUCUAUCUGUCGCAUACAAAAACGUCAUUGGUGCCCGCCGAUCAUCGUGGAGAAUAAUAAAUUCAAAGGAGAGCCAAGAUGAAGCUAAGGGGUCAGACGAAAUACAUAUAACCAAGAGAUUUCGAGAAGAAGUGGAAAAAGAGUUAGACGAAAUAUGCACGAGUAUUUUGAACCUUCUGGAUAAUUGCCUGUUACCAAAAGCUGUUUCAGACGAAUCAAAAGUCUUCUUAAAUAAAAUGAGAGGCGAUUAUUAUCGCUAUAGAGCCGAGUAUUCUGUCGGGAACCAAAGAAAAGAUGCAGCCGAAAACAGUCUUUGUGCAUAUAAAAAAGCGGCAGAGGAUGCUGAAAAACUUCCCAUUACUCAUCCUAUUCGACUAGGUCUUGCUCUAAACUUUUCAGUGUUUUAUUAUGAGAUUCUUAAUAACUGUGAACAAGCGUGCAAGUGUGCAAGAGUAGCGUUUGAUUCGGCUAUCGCUGAACUAGAUACAUUAUCGGAAGAAAGCUACAAAGAUUCAACAAUAAUUAUGCAACUAUUAAGGGAUAAUCUUACACUUUGGACCUCAAAUAAUGAAGGCGAAAAGGAUACUGCUGCUUCUCCUAAGGGUGAUAAGAAGUGACCAUUGACUUUCUAUCCACUUUCUCACCUUAGUAAUACUGAUUGCUUCUUUUUACUCUGUGGAUAUCUGUAAGAAAAAAAGCUUCAUUUAAUUCUUCCAGCUGGUCAGUAUUUGUAUUCUGCUAAAAUUGUGCAGAGGUUAUUCAAUAUAGAACAAUUUGUCUAACUUUUCUGCUGUUUUUUAAUGCUUACCUCGGGUCCUACUAGGGCUUUUGGAACUUAUUUUGUUUCAAGUCAACAUAAUAACAAAGUUUUUUUGGAUGAAACUAUGAAUUUGAAGUGGGGAGCGAGUACACGGUAAAUCUGAAGACGGAUAGACCUAAAAAGUUCUGUAAGCAUUACGUUUUAGAGAUCUAACAGUGUAAUUCAAUCUAUCUGAUAAGAAGAAAGAAAUGGGCCUAUUCUUCACUGAUUCCAUUUAUAAGAAAACUAGGUAGACCUGGAAGUUAUGUUUGAAAUACAAAAGAAAUAGUUGUGCACGAAGG